CAGAGCGAAGCGGAGCGGCGAGGCCCCAGCACGUAGCAGGCGGGCGGGCCGGCGGCGCGAGGCGGAGCGCGGGCGGCCGGGGAAGCUCUAAAGGCGGACGGCGGCGCGAGAGCUCGGCCCCGGGCUGCGGGAGCCGGACAUCGCGGCGGCGGCGGCUGCUGCAGGAGGAGCCCAGGGGACAUCGCCCGUGCCCGCGCUCUGCCUCAGCCCAUCGCUGCUCCCCCGGGGCCCGUGAGGACUCGCCUCGGUGAAGUGUCACGAUGUCUGACCGGAAGGCAGUGAUCAAGAACGCAGACAUGUCUGAGGACAUGCAACAAGAUGCCGUCGACUGUGCCACACAGGCCAUGGAGAAGUACAACAUAGAGAAGGACAUUGCUGCCUAUAUCAAGAAGGAAUUUGACAAGAAAUAUAAUCCUACCUGGCACUGUAUCGUGGGCCGAAAUUUUGGCAGCUACGUCACACAUGAGACAAAGCACUUCAUCUAUUUUUACUUGGGUCAAGUUGCAAUCCUCCUCUUCAAGUCAGGCUAGGUGGCCGUGGUGAAGGUGUCAGUGGCGGCGGCAGCGAUGGCAAGCAGGCAGCAUUGCUGGGACUGUUUUGCACUGGGGCCAACAUCAGGAUGUCCUCUCCAACGGCUGUGCUACUGCAUGGACUGUAUACUCGAUUUCAUGUGUAUGUCGCAGUAAACAAAACCAAACUUCCUUCUGUUUAGUUGCCUGGGGAAGAAGGCUGCUUUAUGUUUAUUUUUCAAGACUUUAAUUUUUUUUUUUUUGGUUGUAUUGCACUAGGAAAUCUCUCCCAUCCCUCCUUAUUCUCUUUCUCUCCCUAUAUAAAAAUACAAAUCCCAAAAGAUGAGGAGGGCUGAGGAAAGAAAUAGGUCUCUGGAGGUGGAACUAAAACUGUGCAGCUGCCUCUUCCUGGUGGUGGGUACUUCUUUGAGAGGACCAGGGAGGCUGCAGGAAUACAGUGUUAGAAUUGGCAAGGAGAAAGGAAAGGGAUAGGAAGGAGGGUGGGGGGAUUGAUCUAGUACCAGGGAGACUAUUCCACUGAACUGUGAUUUUUUUUCUGGCUUGGGGCAGAGGGUGGGGUGGGGAUGGGUUCUUUAAGGGGCCCUGUGAUGUGUCUGUGGUGUGUGGGAGUGGGGAGCAGACUUGUCUUGCUGUCUUUGUCAGGAUCUAAGUAAGGGCUGUGUCUUUGUGGAUUACCUUAUUUUAUUCUUGCCAGAGAUCAGGAGGAUGUUGUGGGUAGGAUUAGCUUGAAUUUCUUUUUUUCUUUAUGUUCUUUCCUGUCUGCUCCCUGCGUAGCCCUCAGUUUACUCAUUCCUCUGGAGUUCUCUUAGAGCAGCCUGUUAGUUGGCUGGUAAGGGAAUUUCUGGUGACUGUAGUUCUUUAGUUAGGUCUUAGCAAUCAAACCAAAUCAAUGUCUCCCUUGAUUCUCGUUUGUGUAUGUGUGUGUGUGUGUGUGUGUGUGUGUGUGUGUGUGUGUGUAUGGGAUUGGGGUAGAGGGGAGGGAGGAGGGACAGGACAGAUGGAAUCUCUAGGGGUGUAUAAGUAGGAGGCACAGUUCUAAGUGGGCCUUUAUGUUAAAAACCUCUGGGGUGUCUGUUGUGGGGUUGAAGACAGGUAUCAUCUAGCCCAGAGACUGCUUGCCUUAUGGCUGUCUGCUCCUUGAGAAAGAAGGCUUUGGGAGGAUCACCUAGGGCAAGAUAGCCAUACUGCCAUCUUUCCUGGGGCUGGGUCUCAGUGGAGGGGGAAAGUGACUUUGUGGAUGGUUGCAGCUUCUUGUGGGAGGUGGGAAUGAAAGUAAUAAAAGGCUGAGAGGGCUUCAUUGGAACUUAAAGACUUGCAGUCAUGAAGCCCCAGAUAUCAGGAGGUAAACUAAGGCCUGUGAGUAGGAGGAGAUUCCAGGAAGGAUGUAGGGAAAUCUUGUAUUGAUGACAUAGGAGUGGGGUAGGGGUGGGGUGGUCAUUGCUGAUCAAGCUGCUGAUUCUCAUGAAUCAUUCAAAACUCUCAUGUGUAGGGUUGACACUGUGGGGGGUUGGGGAAAUCCAACUCAUUCUUUUUUGUUUGCAGUCAAUUCUUGGGGCUAGUGGGGGGCAGACUUCCCUAAGCCCUAGUGUGCCGAGCUUUCUUUUUAAUGUUGGCAAGGGAGGGUGGGAACUGGGGUGGUGCCUGAGUUCCCUAUAUCUCUUCAGUUUUGAUAUAAAAUUGUUUGCUUUUAGUUUUUUUUUUUUUUAAAUGAAUGUCCAAAUCUGUUUUCCCCUGCCCUCCCAGACUUUGUGUGGCCAGUUGGAACUGUCUGGUUUGUGUUCAUCUCUCCCUCAUUUCUGGAGCAGGGGCUAAAACCCUGCCACAUCUCCUAUGCUCUGCAUCCACGCCUCUUUUGGACAUUAAAGGUCGAUUGAUGCACCUCUGA